UUUGCAGGGCUAUUAUGUGAGUCUUGGAGUCUCAUUGAAAUUGUCUGUUUCUGGAUCUCGAAGACUAAGACUGGUCCAGCACUGCUUAGUCCUCUGGCUUUUCGUGAGGGGCUUCGAGGUAAUCUAAACAUGGCAGACGAAGAAAAUGAGGAGGAAGUUUGUGCAGAAACCUACACAGAAGAAGUUGUUGUUGAAGUCCCAGAAGAGGAAGAACCAGAACCAAUACCCGAACCCGAACCGGAGCCAGAAGCAGAAGAGUCAACUACUACAGAAGAAGAAAUCAGCGGAGAGACUAUUCAAGAUUCAAAAGCCAAACCAAAGAGUUUUAUGCCAAAUGUUGCACCUCCAAAGCUACCAGAGGGUGAUGGCAAAGUUGACUUUGACGACCUGCACAGGAAGCGACAGGAGAAAGAUAUGACUGAGCUGCAGUCUCUAAUCGAGACUCAUUUCAUCCAGCGGAAGAAAGAUGAAGAAGAGCUCAUCAAUCUUGUUAACAGGAUUGAGAAGCGUCGUACAGAGAGGGCAGAACAGCAGAGGAUUCGUGCGGAGCUGGAGAAGGAGAGGCAGGCCCGCCUAGCCGAAGAGAAGGAGAAGAGGGAGCAAGAUGAACAACGUAGGAAGCAAGACGACGACCUUAAGAAGAAGAAGGCCCUCACUAACAUGACCCACACCUAUGGUGGCAUCCAACAGAAGCAUGAGGGCAAAAAAGGAGCCAAGAAACAGACAGAGAGGGAGAAAAAGAAGAAGAUUCUGGCUGACCGGAAAAAGCCUCUGGUUAUUGACCAUCUCAAUGAGGACAAACUCAAGGAGAAGGCCAAUGAGCUAUGGCAGUGGAUGAUGAAGUUGGAGGCUGAGAAGUUUGAUCUAAGCGAAACUCUGAAGAAACAGAAAUAUGACGUCAAUGUUCUCCAGACCCGAAUCACUGAGCAGCAGAAGUUUGCUAAAGGCAGAGGCAAGGGUAAGGCCGUCAGGAGGUAAAGCGACCUGGCAAGUUGAAGUCUACAGGGACGAAAUGCCAGAUGAUUGUGUUUCUGUUGUCCUCAUUAUCAGUGUACCCACUGGCGAUGUGCUGUUAGCCGGUCAUGUGACUCAAAAUAAUAAAGUUGUUUUGAUUUUCA